AUGUUUCGCUACUUGCGUUCUUCCAUUUCCCAUGCCCGUGAGUCUCUUCUUGCUGCAUCGAAAACCACACUUCCAUCUCAUACUACCUUCUUGCGCGGAUAUGUCAGAAGAUUUUCUAGUGUAAGUUGGGGUUUGAGUGGGAGGAAUCAAAAUGAGAAUGUGAAUGCAAAUUCAAAUGCAAGUCUUCGUCCAGAUUUUUUGCGGGAUAUAGAGAAUAUGAACUCCAGAAGUGAGAAGGCUGAGACUGAUGGGAAUUUCAGGCGUAUGGACUUUGUAAGAGGGGCUAUAGAAGAAGAUGAAAAGGGUAUUAUGGGGAGUUAUCUAUACAACCAGUAUCAUUAUGAGCAUGAUGCUGAUUUUGUUCAUAUAAAGAUGCUGCGUAACAAUACCUUUGUUACAGUGACCGAUGCUAAAGGAAACGUAAAACUUAGUGGCUCUGCUGGUUCCUUGAAAGACAUGAAAUCAGGACAAAAGCUAUCUAGGUAUGCUGCUGAAGCAACUGCAGAAGUGGUUGGACGAAGAGCUAGGGGUUUGGGGUUAAAAUCGGUUGUCAUGAAAGUGAAUGGAUUUACUCAUUUUCGAAGGAAAAGACAAGCAAUAUUGAGCUGGAGGGAGGGGUUUACUGAUUCCCGAGGGGAUAAAAAUCCAAUUGUAUACAUUGAAGAUACAACUCGCCGUCCCCAUAAUGGCUGCAGACUGCCAAAGAGCCGACGUAUCUAG